UGCGACCAUAACCUAACGGAGCAACACACUGUGGGAAGCAUGGUGUCUGUGGCGUUGAAGGAAGGUAUUGAAGUUGUUGAAGUUGUUGCUCGCAGUUCUCAGCUGGACUUUGCGAUUCUGCAGUCGUCCAAACCCAGAUCAUUCUUCAUUCCUCCAUGGAAUGGAAGAACAGAUGAACCAAGAGGACGCUAUGAUCUUGUGUUGGCAUCGUAUCGAUUUGGUAUUGACGAAUACCAAGAUGUUCAAGAAUCAACUGGGAUUUGCUCCGGUAGCCGGCAUCUCCAUCAGUGCUCACAGAAGACACAUCAUGUAUUCGUGCCCAACGUACGCUGGAGAUUCUGGUGCUGCACUUCUUCUCAAGGAUGGAUUUCUUGUCGGUAUCCAUCUGGAAACGAUCAAUGCACUCCGCAAAGAGAUGGACCGCAAGAAAACCAUCAAGGAUCGCUUGAAUGAUGUGGAGGAGUCUCUGGACAACAUUGCGAGAAGCGGACUAGCGCAAGGCUGCUCUUUUGGUCUUUUGGCUCAUGAGUUCAAGGACGUAGUGAGCGAGUAGUGCGAAUUGACGAGUUCAUAGAUUAAUGGCACAUCGCAGUCACGAAAAA